AUGUCGUACAUGGGCGACAGCAACAACACACGCGCCCUCUUUGAACGCUUCCUCGCUAAAGUGCCAAGCGAGGAGGCCGGCAGCAUCUGGGAGCGGUACAUCAAGUUUGAAUCCCUGCACGGCGACUUGUCGUCUGUGCUGCGAUUGGAGCAGCGGCAACAGGCGGCGGACGAGGCGCUGCGGGUGCAGGCGGAGGUGGACGCCAACCGCGGGGUCACGCAGCGGCACGACGAACACACCAUGGACCACCUCAUGUCCCGCUACCGCUUCCGUGAGCUGCUGCCCUGCCCGCGCGAGCACAUGUACCUCUUCCAGCAGGACCAGCCUUCCUCUGGCGCAGAGACAGGGAGUGCACCACCAGCCGGCUCUGCCAUCGCUGCUGCCACCACCGCAACAGGGCCAGGAUCAGCAGCAGCAGCACAGGCUGAUGCGGGCGCCAACCUCGACGUCACCUUUGCAGCAUAUCCGACACCAGACACGUCCCAGCUGAACCCGUUCAAGCCGGUGCUUGACCGUGACCCGGGCAUGUUUCUCGUCCGCCCGCCCCACGUCGCCGACCUCAUGCGCCAGCUCCCGCCCCCGCACACAUACAACGGUCCGCCGGUGGAUACAGAUGCGCUUCUUCGUCUGAUUCGCGACACGAAAGUGCCUGACCUCACCAUCCCAGACCCUGCCGCCGAGGGAAAGCGGCGGGCAAGCGGAGCUGAGGGUCACGCUGCCAAGCGAGCGAAGGAAGGCACAGCUGCCACGUCUGCUUCUUCUUCGGUUGGUGCGCUUGGCCCUGGUGUGGAUGUGUUCACUGCAAGGCAGCUACAGCGCCAGAAGCAAAAUGCCAUGCAUCACCAAUAAACACAGCACAGGAUGAACGAGCGAGAACAAGACGGGCGUGUGUUGGUUUUCCGCACAGGUGGACAGGACGAUCACAACACCUUCGUGCUUGUGAUGAUCGCCAUCAACGUGACCCACAACAGUGCACACUCUCCUCCUGUGUUCAUUACCCUGCUGUUCCUCGCCCCAGUAAAGCUUACAUCAAAAUCA